AUGAAUUCCCUGAAUGGCUUCUUUGAACCACAAAAUUUAGAUGAUGAUAACAAAUGCUAUUGUGACCAAUGUGGAGAAAAGACAACAACACAACAUGGCUACAGAGUGCGUUCUUGGCCACAAAUACUAUGCCUACAGCUAAAACACUUUGGCUUUGCUGCAAGCUUGAGGAAAGUGGUCAAAAACAAUAAUUUUAUGGAAUUUCCAGAAAGCAUCAACUCGGAGAAUUGCAAAAAAGAAUUUCCUAACCUCAAGAACAUCCCACAAUACAAACUCAUGUCUGUGAUUGUUCAUAAGGAUAUUGCAUCCCUUGGCCAUUAUUAUGCUUAUAUAAGGAAUGUUCAGGAAAUGGAGUGGUACUGUUUCAAUGAUGAACAUGUUACGGGAGCAACAUGGGAAGAUGUUAAAAAGACAUUUGGAUCCAGCUCCUCACCAGGUCAAUUUCAAAUGAGUGGAAUAGCUUAUCUUCUGUUUUACAAAAGGAUGGAUUGAUCGUUUCAGGAACGCAGACUUUGCUGUCAUCCAGCUGGGGAUCAACACCCUUCUUCAUUCUUCGUUGCAUUACUAUAACUUUAUCAUUUUAUCUUGGCUUUUCAAUAAAAUGUAUUACCUGCUUGGAGAUAUUAAUAUUUUCUAAUUAAAUCACGAGGACACGGCUGGAAAUCAGAAAAAUAAUCUUCAUACUAAAUCUGAAUGCUAAGUGAAUUCAAAACAUUUUCCAAUUUUGAAACAUUGGUUUGUUAAAAAUAGUUUUGCAUUACCAAAAAGAUGGGAAAAUGCUACUGAAACCAUUAAGAGUAAACUGAUUCUCAAAUCCUCUUCCAAAUAUAAAUAUUGAACUUUGACUCACCCUGAAAAAUGUCAUACAAAUACGAAAUUUGCAAGACUUUUACUUACAUUUUAUAAUGAAACUAUUCUGUGUUGAUUAAAGAUUGAGAAACAAACUUAUUCCUAUCAAAGAUAUCGAAAAUACUUUCAAAUAUCCAUGGCUUGUUAGUUUUCCCCCCUUUUUUAAAAAUACCUGAAUUAAGUAUUAAAAUUCUAAACCAGCUUGUAAUAAAAUGUCUCUAGGAGAGAAUCCACCACAGGCUCCAAAUGGAAUCUGCUGAACCAGAAAAGUCAAUUGGCUUCAGUCUUCAGACUUGAGAAGAGUGAGUUCCACUGCUGGCAAGAUUCAUAGUAAGUCAUUCUGGAACGAACUGCUAGAAUGGAUAGUCAUGUUGGACUUGGUUCUGACACCCUGACACAUCGGUCAACAAUCACUGUUUAAUGUAACAGGUAAUAAAUGGAUUUUUGGGUGAAGACUGUCAUUUAAUAAAAAAAUUGAACAUGGAUUGUCAACACAAAAAGCAUUGCUGAUUUGUUAGAUUAUGAGAAGGAUUAGCAAAACUGUAUGAAAAGUGAAUGGAUAGAUUUUGUAUUUUGUGUUGUUAUAGGGUGGCUCAGUGGUUAGCAUUGCUACCUCACAGCGCCAGGGACCUGGGCUCAAUUCCACCCUCUGGCAACUGUCUGUGUCGCACAUUCUCUCUUUUUAUUGAUAUGAUGGCAACAGCUAGCUCAACCUUACCACCAUCCACUGUUGCUAAAUUAUCAAUCUGCUUAUUUAACGUCUUGUACUGGAUGGGCAGAAAUUUCUCUCCUGUUAAAUAUUGGAAGAUUGAAGGCAUUGUUUUUGGUCCCUGCUCCAAAUUCCAUUCCAUAACUAAUUCUAAUUCUGGACCAAUUCUAUCCCUCUCCCUGAACAGUCUGAAUUGAAGUCUGUCUGUUCACAUCCUUGAUAUGCCAUUUGACUGUGAGGUGAGUUUCCAACAUUAUAUUCGUGCCAUCACUAAGAUGGCUUUUUUCAACCUCUGUACUACCACUUGGCCUCGCCUUUGACUCAGUUCACCGGCUGCUGAAGCCUUCAUUCAUGCCUUUGUCAGCCCUGUUACAACUACUUCUGGUUUGUCUCCCACAUUCUAUCCUGAGUAAAUUUGAGGCUCUGUAACUAUAUUAUCAAUACCUUAAAGAGCUGCAAGUCCAUUUCCCCUAUGCUUGCUGGCCUUCAAUGACUCUUGAUCAAUUGGCAUCUUGAUUUUAAAAUUCUUAUCUUUGACUUUGACCUUUCCUAGGUUUAUAAUUUCCUCCAAUCCUGUUCAGAUAUCUACACUCUGAUUCUGUCCGCAUAUGUGCUCCAACUGAAAAUAACUCCAUCAUUGGUAGCUGUGUCUAGAGUUGUCUAAGCCCCAAACUCUGAACCUCUACUUACACCUUUCUGUCUCAAUAACUCCCUUUCCUCCUCCUU